AUGUGUGAGAAGGAAUGUGCCAUUUUAGCCAGGUACUGUAAUGAAACACAGGAUAAGGUAACAGUUGGAUUUGUAGACAUGCCAGUGUGCAAUGAUGCCAAAGCUGAAAACGUACUCAACUGCAUUGCAUCCUCCAUGUGUGACAAAGGACUUGAAUGGUCUAAUUGUGUAGGAUUUAGUAGUGACAACUGCAAUGUGAUGAUUGGCAAAAACAACUCUGACUUAUCAAGAGUGAAAACACAGGCCCCUCAUAUUUACAGUAUUGGUUGUCCCAGUCACCUGGUCAACAUUUGUGCCAAAACUGCUGCUAAGGAGCUCUCAACAUCACCUGAAGAACUGCUCAUUGACAUCUACUACUACUUUGAGAAAGGUCCCAAACGAAGAGAAGACCGAAAACCGUUUCAAGAGUUUUGCACUGUUGCUCAGCAGAGAGUACAAAAGUGUUGUCCUACAUGCUGGCUUUCUUUAGGAAAAGUCUUACCUGAUGGGUGGGAGGACACGGUCUCCGUCCGCGACCUGGCGCCCGCAGGAGGAGCAGACCACUACCCCGAACACUCCACGGAUGAAAGAGAGGAUCAAUCAUGUAGCAGGCCUUGCAAAUGCAAUGGCAAUGAUGGACCUAACAGAACCAGGGGGACGAUACGAGGACCAUCAAUGCUAGACUGUAUGCCAGAGUGUCCUUAUCACCGAGCCCUUGGGUUUGAAUCUGGAGCUGUUACAAAAGAUCAGAUAAGUUGUUCCAACGAAGAUCAUUACACCGGCUGGUACUCUUCAUGGAUAUCGAACAAAGCACGAAUUAAUAGCCAGGGUUUUGGGUGUGCAUGGCUAUCAAGAUACCAGGACAAUCAGCAAUGGCUUCAGAUUGACUUGAAGGAAAUCAGAGUCAUUUCUGGGAUAAUAACUCAAGGGCGAUGUGAUGCUGAUGAAUGGAUGACAAAGUACAGUGUACAGUAUAGAGCCAAUGAAACCUUUAACUGGGUUUACUAUAAAGAUCAGACAGGAAACAAUCGAGUGUUCUAUGGAAAUUCAGACCGAUCAUCAUCAGUACAGAAUUUCCUGCGUCCUCCGAUUGUAGCUCAGUAUAUUAGAAUUAUACCGUUGGGAUGGCAUGUUCGAAUUGCUAUCAGGAUGGAACUACUUGAAUGUCUGAAUAAAUGUUAG